AUGAGUUCUAAAAAAGUUGUCCAUUUUGGGCCGUUUGAAGUCACGGAUCAGGUAAUUGUAGAUCGUUUCAAGAAUCGGAGUUCUUCAGCUCAUCUGUCAUCUUCUCAGGUCUUCUACAACACGUCACUAUGCUUCUCCCUCGUUAACAUCAAGCCAAUUCUGCCUGGUCACGUAUUGGUCAUUCCAUACCGAAAAGUCCAGCGUCUUACGGAGCUUACCCAAGAUGAAGUCACCGAUCUCUUUUCGACGGUUCAAAAGGUCCAGAAGAUGCUAGCAAAGAAGUAUUUCGGCACUGAGACGAUAGCUGGAAAACCUGAGGAUGGAAGCUUUAAUAUCACCAGUACAAUCCCAUGAAGUCUAGCCUGACAAUCUAAAUUGCCCUAACGUAUUGUUAGUCCAGGACGGGAAAUUUGCAGGUCAGACUGUUCCCCAUGUCCAUUGUCAUAUAAUCCCCCGAACGAAAGAUUCAACUGAAGGGGAUGGACUCUACGAUCGACUUCAAACCGAGGAAGGGAAUGUCGGAGGCGGAUUUUGGGACCAGAAUCGACCGGUGCAGGAGGGGAAGUUCCCAAGGAUCGAGGAUUCCGAUCGGAAGCCAAGGUCGGCGGAAGUCAUGAACGAGGAAGCUGCUUUGUACAGGGAACAAAUGAGUCUUCUAGAUUGAAGGUCAUGACACCAAGGUCU